UAGUUUGUAUUAUAUAGUGUGUACUAGGUAGUGCGCGAGUGUGUAAGUGUACUUGCUGAAUCGGUGUCCGUGUGGUGCUCAUCGGAAGCUGCAGGUUUUUUUACGUUAACCUUUACACCGUUUAAAAUUUGUAUUUAAGUUUUUAUUUUAUUAAAUGCAUUAUUUUGUUAUAUUUUCUAGAAUAUUACGAACUUUAGGUGAAUAAACCUGUGAGGUAACCAGGCGAAAAUAGACACGGUUUUUCCAGGAUAACACUCGGCUAAUUUAUUAACUUAUUUACAAAGCUAAAUGUUUAUUUAGUCUUCAUUUAUUUCACGUGGAUAUUUAUGGAAAAUUACUUAUAAAUUACUAAUUACUAAUAAUUUAGUCGGUUAUAAAUUUGGUUUUGAUCAGUUAGCCCAGUUCUAAGUCGCUAGCCGUGUCAGAGCUAACAGUGUUAGCGUUUCCCUCAGAGGAAUCUUUCAGGGUGGGAAGGUCCUCCUCCUCCUCGAGGCUGUGAGGUGUUUGUGGGUAAAAUUCCCAGAGAUAUGUACGAGGAUGAGCUGGUGCCCGUGUUCGAGCGUGCAGGCCAAAUCUAUGAGUUCCGCUUGAUGAUGGAGUUCAGUGGAGAGAACCGAGGCUAUGCUUUCGUCAUGUACACCAGCCGAGGAGAAGCGCAACGAGCCAUUACCCUCCUCGACAACUACGAAAUCCGUCCAGGGAAGUGUAUUGGUGUGUGUGUGAGUCUCGACAACUGUCGCCUCUUCAUCGGCUCUAUCCCUAAAGACAAGAAGAAGGAGGAGAUCCAAGAAGAGAUGAUGAAGGUAACAGAUGGAGUGGUAGAUGUUAUUGUGUACCCCAGUGCCGUAGACAAAACCAAGAACCGUGGUUUUGCGUUUGUGGAGUACAAGUCACACAAGGCUGCUGCCAUGGCUCGCAGGAAACUCAUCCCGGGGACGUUACAGUUGUGGGGUCACACCAUUCAGGUGGACUGGGCUGAGCCUGAGAAAGAUGUGGAUGAGGAGACGAUGCAGCGUGUUCGGGUUCUCUACGUCCGUAAUCUCAUGCUGCACACGACUGAGGAGACGCUUCACUCAGAGUUCAGUCGUCUGAAUCCCGGCGCUGUGGAUCGUGUUAAGAAACUGACAGACUACGCUUUUAUACACUUCCGCUCCCGUGAAGACGCGCUCGCUGCACAGCAGUCCAUGAACGGCAAACUCAUCGACGGCUCUCCCAUCGAAGUCACUCUCGCAAAGCCUGUCAGCAAAGACGGGGGUCGCCGUUCCAAAACCCGUUCGGGACCUAAUGGUUCGGCGCCGGUCCUCUACAACGACCCGCCGCAGAGCAAAGACGACUCAGGGAUCAGCGUGGGCUCAGGAAUGACAAGUGAUGGUUUUUCUGCACAAUCUCUCAGUUUAUCUCCUCGUAUAAAUAGCUCGUUUUCUGUAGAGCUAGAACGCUGCGUGUAUCCGGUCCUUCCUGGAUCCGGUCUGGCACCGAUCAGCCUGCAGAGCCUAAAGCCGAGUCAGCUGAGCACUGCCGUGUCUCUGCUGGAAUAUUACUGCCUGAAGAACGGCUGGUCAUUGCCAGAGUAUUACCUUUAUACCACGACUGCAGCCACCAUCUCUCCUGCAGGGCCUGAAGGAAAAACCCUGCUGGUGUAUAAAGUGGUGAUCAGCAGCACUCAGAGCAGCUACAUGCCAGAUAAAGCCUGCACCAUUCUCGAGGACGCCAAGGAACUUGCAGCUCACUACGCUCUCUGGAACUUGGAUCUCUCAUGCUAUGGCCCAGGUUCUCCUGGUAGUUUCUCUCCUCCAGCAGUACCCUCUGGUGCAGGUUUGUUGUCGUGUGCGUGUCGCACGGUACCGUACCCAGCGUAUUCCGUGGCUCCUGUCUCUCCUCCACUCUCCAUCUCCAGUACCAGGGGCUCACCUAUCUACAUCCCCACCCUGUCUCCCUUCUGACCUUUACCCCACACUGUGAGCAGAACCGUUCCUCUUCCUGUUCCUGGUGUUGUUGAGUUUUGAUCAGAACUGUUAUUUAUUGUUUUUUUAUGAUUUGUAGUAGUAAUUUCUUUAUGUGUAGAAUUUCCAGUUCAUUUGAAAUGUUCUGCUUCUAAAAGCCUUUCUUUUUGGAACUGGGAAAAAUACAGGAUUAAAUAUAAUAUAAAUAUAAAUUCACUUUCUCUGUAAACCCGAUGCUUUACCUGACAAGAUUCAUUACAGAUUCAUUACCAGAUCAGAUCUUCUCCUCUCUGUCCCCAUUUACACCAAAUCCACAACACUCAGAGAAUCUAACACACCUCCAACCCUGUUUACACCCUUUAAUCCUCUCCCUGAAAUCUCUUUAUAGGCUGCAUGGGCUUUCUCAUAUAUACAUAUACAUUUAACAUACAGCCUUAAACAACACUGCAAUCCCUGAUAUUAUUAGGCAAAGAACACACAUACAUAUAUACAUACAUACACAUACACUCACACACACACACACA